CAACAAUCAUGGGGUAAAACGACGAGUGGUGCUCACCUCAGGUAAAGUACGGAGUACUAAAGUCCUUGUUCAUGCUGGGACCGGUCCUUUUUGUCGUGCUCCUCAGCUUUGAAACUACAAAAACGCCGUUAGUAAUCUUUGACUCCGGCAAGACACCGGCCCACAGCCUCCAAUAUGCCGUACCUGAAUAACAACGGCGUAAGAAUUUACUAUGAAGUUCACGGGACUGGCAUCCCGGUGCUCCUCACUCAUGGGUACUCGUCCACUUCUGAGAUGUGGGCUGGGCAGGUGGCUGCCAUCUCCAAGUCAUUCAAACUCAUCGUUUGGGACAUGCGUGGGCACGGUCAGAGCGACUAUCCUCCCGAUCAGUCAGCCUACAGCGAAGAAAACACUAUCACUGACAUGAUAGCACUGUUGGAAGAAACGUGUGGCCCUGGAAGCAAGGCGAUCGUGGGAGGCCUAUCGCUCGGUGGCUACAUGUCCCUUGCCUUCUACAGACUUCAUCCAGAGCGCGUUCGUGCCCUGCUGAUCAUCGACACCGGUCCUGGAUUCAAGAAAGACGCCGCCCGCGACGCGUGGAACAAGACUGCUUUCGCCACUGGCGACAACUUUGAGCGUCAAGGCCUGGCUGUCCUGCGAUCUUUGAGCGCGGAGCGAUCGUCUGUAAGCCAUCGGGAUGCCAAGGGACUGGCACUUGCGGCUAGGGGUAUGCUGGCGCAAAGAAAUGCCAGGGUCAUUGAUUCACUGGAGCACGUCAAAGUUCCUGCUCUUGUGGUGGUGGGUGCUGACGAUAAGCCGUUCCUGGCGGCGAGUGAGUAUAUGACCAGAAAGAUCCCCGAAGCCAGAAAGGUUAUCAUACCGAAUGCGGGUCAUGCAGUGAAUAUAGAUCAACCAGGCCAAUUUCUGGAGGCGGUGAUGCCAUUUUUGUUGAAGGUCAAGGACCGCCCUGCUGUCGAGCAAAGAGCUUUGCUUUAAAGCUGAUCACUUUGGUGCGUUAUUGUAUGGCAGGUCAGAUCUGCUUUUAGGCAGUCAACAAUCCAAGACUCACACCGAGUCAACAAUAAACGAUAACCU